CCUGCCCUUGGCAUUGCCCAUCCCCACAUCCCAGUGCCCAUCCUGGGAAGAGCCCUGAGCAAGGAGAGAGGGACAGGAUCUGCCUGGCCAGGGGCUGGGGCUCAGGCCUUGGCCCUUUGCAUUCCUGAAAGACGUCCAGGUUUGCUCAGCACCAGAGACACCUUUGCCUUGCUUUUCCCCACCUGUCAUCACUGCCUCCAGUGUUCUGCUCUACCUGGUGAAAAACUCUCAGGUGUGUCCCUCAGUGGGACCCAUUAAAACUUCAAGAAACUUUGGAGUUUAAAUUUAAUUUUUAGUUCUUGAGAAGUUUUUUGAACACUCUCUGGGAAUGAGUCUGAUGUAAACAACACCAAAGCCCCAGAGGGUCAUUAAAGUCCUUGUGCUGUGUCUGUGCUUCUGAGCUGGGCUGGGCUCCUGGCACAGAAGGAGCUCCUGGAAACCAAGCAGAGCUCAGAAAGACAUUUCUCCUGAGGAGCAGCUCUUCUCCCAGCCCAGAAGGGCUGAGGGCACUGCCGGCAGGUCUCUGAGAGCAGUGAAGCAGACGGAGGCUUAAAGCAGCUGGAAGGACAAUUCUGAACUCACUCAUGGAGAAACCUUCACAGUUUUUGCCACAACCUCUGGCUGCAGGGCUCUCCUAAAGGUGGAGAUGGCACAACUGACAUGACUGACUCCAUGGGCAGAGGGAAGAAAUGUCCAACAGCAGCUCCAUCAGCCACUUCCUCCUGCUGGCCUUGGCAGACACGCGGCAGCUGCAGCUCCUGCACUUCUGCCUCUUGCUGGGCAUCUCCCUGGCUGCCCUCCUGGGCAACGGCCUCAUCAUCAGCGCCGUAGCCUGCGGCCACCACCUGCACAUGCCCAUGUUCUUCUUCCUGCUCAACCUGGCCCUCACUGACCUGGGCUCCAUCUGCACCACUGUCCCCAAAGCCAUGCACAAUUCCCUUUGGGACACCAGGAACAUCUCCUACAAAGGAUGUGCUGCCCAGCUGUUUUUCUUUCUGUUCUUCAUCUCAACAGAGUAUUUCCUCCUGACCAUCAUGUGCUACGACCGCUACGUGUCCAUCUGCAAACCCCUGCACCACGGGACCCUCCUGGGCAGCAGAGCUUGUGCCCACAUGGCAGCAGCUGCCUGGGCCAGUGCCUUUCUCUGUUCACUGAUGCACACAGCCAAUACAUUUUCCCUGCCCCUGUGCCAUGGCAAUGCCCUGGGCCAGUUCUUCUGUGAAAUCCCCCAGAUCCUCAAGCUCUCCUGCUCCAAAUCCAACCUCAGGGAACAUGGGCUCCUAACAGUUAGUGUCUGUUUGGUACUUGGUUGUUUUGUGUUCAUUGUUUUCUCCUAUGUGCAGAUCUUCAGGGCCGUGCUGAGGAUCCCCUCUGAGCAGGGACAGCACAAAGCCUUUUCCACCUGCCUCCCUCACUUGGCUGUGGUCUCCCUUUUUGUCAUUACUGUCAUGUUUGCCUACCUGAAGCCACCCUCCAUGUCCUCCCCAUCCCUGGAUCUGGCCCUGUCAGUUCUGUACUCAGUGGUGCCUCCAGCCCUGAACCCCCUCAUCUACAGCCUGAGGAACCAGGAGCUCAAGGCUGCAGUGUGGAGACUGAUGACUGGAUGGCUUCAGAAACAUUAAAGAA